AUGGCCGAUAUUUCGAAUAGCACGCAGUCCUACUCAACGGACAUGUUUUGGACUGAUAUCCAGAAUGCAAGUGAAUACAUGAAUGUCACUACUCAAUCUUUGGAUCCCUCUGGAACAACUCCACCUCGUCUGAGGAGUCUCAUCUUCCCCGUUGUCUUUUUCGCGCUCAUUGUACUUGCCAACAUCAUCAGUCUUGGCGCAUUCUUAGUAGAAAAACGUCUCCGUACCUACAAUAAUUACUUCAUCAUAAACCUGACCAUACUGGAUCUGCUGGUUGGAAUCGGACUGGGAGCUGUCAUAGAGCACUCGUACAUCGGCCGGUAUCCGUUUUCUCAGAAUGCCUGUAAGGUCAUAAGUGGGAUCUUCGAAGGAAUCGUCAAUGCUUCUAACAUCAACGUGGUUGUGAUAUGCGCUGAUCGACAUCAAGCGGUCUAUGAUCCCAUUAACCAUUACAUCUCUCGAUCAAAGCGCAAGGCAGUCAUCAUCAACUCUCUGCCAUGGGUGAUUGGACUCUCGUUCUGGAUAGGGUACGUCACCGUGUGGGAGUUCGUCGUCGAUUUCGACAACGGACCUCACUGUAUUCAGCGGUUCCAUCUCAGUCCGUGGGCAAAUAUGAUCCAAAGUAUGGCCACGUUCUUCUUGCCUUUGGCCAUCAUCGCCGUCCUCUAUGUCAGAAUCUUCAUCAAGAUUCGGAAGACGGUUGAAAGACGGAACAACAAGAAGUCGACCAAUUUUGCGGACCUCCACCUAUCUAGCUCCAAGGACACUGAGAUGACGGGUGAAAGCGUUUCGUCGACAUCGCAUACAGGUUCCUUUAGUGACAUUACGGAGACAGGGAGAAAAGAGGGCACCACAUCUCCAUCACGUAAGGAGACCAAGAUCGGAAAUAGUGGCCAAGAAGUAUCGACAUCGGCGUCAUGUCGCGGGGAAUCGACGGCUGAAAUGACGAAGGCGACUCGUACUCUCCUCCUCAUCGUCAUCGCUUUCGUACUGACAUGGAUUCCGAUUAGCGUAAUCGGUUUAAUCUACACUAUCGAACCUCGUCUUGUCGUAACUGGUCUGCCAAAUGAUGUUUUCAUUUUCUUCGGCAAUCUGAAGUAUGGGAAUAGCCUUCUGAACCCUAUAUCCUACGCCAUGUCACAGCCUCUGUUCCGUGCUACUAUCAUCAGAAUGUUCUCCUGUAAACGCGGACCGUCGCAGGUCAACCAGCCUCGAUAA